CUCCAAUCCAAACCAACGAUCUCAACAGGACUACAAAAUAAACGCUCAUCACCCAGCCGCGGCCGCGCUUUCUUGUAGCGGUUUCAACAUCCAUCAUUUCAUCAGAAUAUCAAUCAUACAUAGUAAACGGGGGGUGGUACAAGGUGGAUUUCGAGAUGGCAGAGUCCCCGGGGGCGAUGGGCGAUGCCAUCGGAACCGAGGCCCCUGCGGUGGUCGGGGGCCUCACACCGGAACAAGAAGAAGACAUGGCCGCUCUGCCCGGGCAACACUCACUAGAGGAACGGCAACGAUAUGGCCACUCUCAUGGGCAACAACAGGGUGAUGGGCUACUUUCCCGCCAACCUGAGCAGGCCGACCAGCCGCUCCUUGACGGGCGGCAAAAGCCCAAUCCCUCCUCCACGUCCGACCCCGCCACCACCUCCUCGGUCGCCUCCCCCGGCGCCCCGUCACCCCUGCCAUCCUCCUUCCCUAAGAAGCGGCGCGGUCGUCCCCCCGGGCGUCCCAACACCACGGUGCGCGAUGCCGACUACGAGGAUAACCCGCUGGUGCAGGCGUGGAACUCCUCCAAGACGGACCGGGCCGUGCCCGUCAUCUCCAUCAGGAUCCGGGACGCCCUGACGGAGCAGUCCCUCGUGCACGAGACGCAGCGCAACAUCUUCCGCAUGCCCAGCCGCGAGACCAUCCUCUUCGUCCAGGGCUGGAUCACGGCCAAGCACAUCGCCUCGCAGCGCCCGAGCUACGUCAACGGCCUGCUGAUCCACUCGCGCGGCCAGGACGCCGCCGUCUCGUGCGUCCAGUGCGCCGAGAAGCGCGCCAAGGGCGCCCUGGGCCCCUUCCUGACCUGCCGCGUCCUGCCGGGGAGCUACCACAACAGCUGUUCGAACUGCAAGUGGUUCGACAACACCUCCGCCUGCUCGCUCUACACCGGGCCCAAGCCAAACAGGAAACGCAAGGCCAAGGAGCAGCUCGCGCCCCCGCCGGCGCCGACCGCAGCCGGUGUUGGUCCCCCCCCCAAGACCGAGAAGCUCGGUGGCGAGGACCCCGGCGUGCUCACUACUGCCGAUGAAGGCCAGGAGGACCCUCCGCUGGACCCACGGUUGCGUGACGAGCCAGUAGUAUCACCGCUACAGGAACCACCGGCGGCGGUGCCGCCACCACCACUGCCGCCGCAGCAGAAGCUCCAACCCGAGGCGGACAUGGCGCCAGUAUCCCUCGACAACGGCACCGGGGAAGACGGCCAGGCGCCGACGGCACAUUCCUCCUCUUCUUCCUCCUCCUCUACCUCCUCCACCACAGGCGGCGGCGAUCCGUCCGCGCACCCGGAUCUCCACCACGGUUCCGAGUCGGCCGAGGACGGCGACGCCGAGUAGGUCCAACCCGGCAGCGGCAGCCGUUCUCUCUUUAAUGCGUGGCAUCG